AUGAAGCUUCUGAUUCUGGUCUUCAGUAUACUAGCUGGUGCUUCCGCAAAGCCUCAGGGAUACAAUUUGUCACCGCCUUCUGGUCCAUCUUUGCUCCCACGAACAUGUAGCAACGGGCAGGUGUUGCAUGUGGACGGCAGAUGCGUAACUCCAAGAGUCAACCGUCGUGUGUUCUUAUAUGAUGUGCCAAAAACUCCCACACCAGCAGGUCCACCACCUUUUAUCCCUGCACCAACUGUUGAGACCAACCUUUUGUUCAUCCGAACUCCUGAAGGAGGAGAAGGACCAGAUCCUAUUGUUGUCCCUCCUCCACAAAGGGAGCACGUCUUAUACAUCCUCAAUAAGCAAUCCGAGGAAGGUCAGAAGGUGAUCGAAGUUCCAGCUCCGCCACCUUCUGAACCUGAAGUGUACUUCGUCAACUACGCUGAAGGAGAGAAUCCCACCCUUCCCAGUGGAGUAGAUCUGCAGACUGCAUUAGAUGCGGCUUCUGAUGGAGGCGGUCAAGUAGUCGGAGGUUUUGGUGAUGGUACUGUAGGUGUUUCUGGAAUCAGCAACGGUUUUGGAAACACGAAUAGUUUCGGCAGCAGCAACGGGUUUACAAGUACCAGUGGUGCAAAUAGUAACGGUUUUGGAAGCACCAACGGCUUUGGAAUUGCCAACGGGUUUGCACGCACCAAUGGCUUUGGAAGUACCAACGGUUUUGGAAGCAUAAAUGAUUUUGGAAGUACUAACGGAUUUGGAAGUAACAAUGGAUUUGGAAGCACCAAUAGCUUUGGAAGUACCAACGGUUUUGGAAGCACCAAUGAUUUUGGAAUUACUAACGGAUUUGCAAGCACCAAUGACUUUGGAAGCACCAACGGGUUUGGAAGCACCAGUGGCUUUGGAAGUACCAACGGGUUUGGAAGCACCAGUGGCUCUAGAAGUACAAACGGUUUUGGAAGUACCAACGGAUUUGGAAGCACCAGUGGCUUUGGAAGUACCAACGGGUUCGGAAGCACCAAUGAUUUUGGAAGUGCAAAUGGGUUUGGAAGCAGUAACGACUUUGGAAGCAUUAAUGGAUUUGAGAACAUCAGCGGGUUUGUUACCAGCGGUGUGAGCAGCAAUGGAUUUGGAAGUACCAAUGACUUUGCAAGCCCCCGUAGCUUUGGAAGCACCAUUGGUUUUGGAAGUACCAAUGGGUUUGGUAACAGUGGAAUUAAUAACAACAAUGUUUUCGAAGGUUCUUUUGCUCUAGGCAGCAAUGGUUUAGUAAGCAGCACUAGUAAUGACAAUGGCAUCGGUUUUGCAAGCAAUAAUGCUCAAGCAAGUAGUGUAGGUUUGGCUGGUAGCAGUAUCACCACUCUCCCAAACAGCGGACAAGCUUCUUCACUACCACAGCUGUAUACAACACCUUAAUAUGCAACUAAAAUAAAGUGAUUCAUAUCAUAACUUUGAACAUGAUAGAUAUGUUCAUAAAUAGCUGCUUGUUCAACUAAUCUAAGUACAGCUUGAAGACCUUUGUUAUAAUAAAACAGUACAACUAAGA